CAAAAUAUUCGAUUCUGAUACGACCAACUGACUAACCCUCCCAUUACAUACACGUUUUUUCUCAAAGAUGAAAUUUUUGGAUUCCUUCCCAUUUAAAAUCGUGCUUUUAUUCUGAAUCUUCCACAAUCUCUCUCUCUCUCAAAGAAGAAAAAAUAAAUAAUGGCAAAUUCGGAGACAUCGAGAUCGAGGCACGAGCUACCAUUAACAACCUCUGACUCAAGCGGCAACAAAGCAACCACUGCUAAGAAACUGACUUUGGUCCCUUUGGUUUUCCUUAUUUACUUUGAGGUCGCUGGUGGUCCUUUUGGUGAAGAACCGGCUGUUCAAGCGGCUGGACCACUUCUAGCUAUUCUCGGUUUCCUCAUCUUCCCUUUCAUUUGGAGUGUCCCUGAGGCUCUUAUCACCGCUGAACUCUCCACUGCCUUCCCUGGCAACGGAGGGUUUGUGAUAUGGGCACAUCGGGCUUUUGGCUCUUUCGCUGGCUCUAUGAUGGGUUCGUUGAAGUUCCUGAGUGGUGUGAUCAACGUUGCUUCGUUUCCAGUCCUCUGUGUCACUUACUUGGAUAAGCUAUUCCCUGUUCUUGAAUCCGGAUGGCCUCGGAAUGGUUGCAUAUUCGCUUCAACUGUGGUCUUAUCUUUCCUUAACUAUACUGGUUUAGCCAUUGUGGGUUACACAGCUGUUGUUCUCGGUCUAGUGUCUCUCUCGCCUUUCCUUGUCAUGUCAGCUAUGGCAAUCCCUAAGAUCAAACCUCACCGUUGGGGUAGCUUAGGAGACAAGAAAAAGGAUUGGAAUCUCUACUUCAACACACUCUUUUGGAACUUGAAUUUUUGGGACAAUGUUAGUACUCUUGCAGGGGAAGUGGAUAAGCCUCAAAAGACAUUCCCGUUGGCGCUUCUUAUCGCUGUGAUCUUCACUUGUAUAGCUUACUUGAUUCCUCUUUUCGCUGUCACGGGUGCGGUCUCAGUAGACCAGAGCAGAUGGGAGACAGGGUUCCACGCUGAAGCAGCUGAGAUGAUUGCAGGAAAAUGGCUUAAAAUAUGGAUUGAGAUUGGCGCUGUCUUAUCAAGUAUAGGACUUUUUGAAGCUCAGUUAAGCAGUAGUGCUUAUCAGCUGGAGGGUAUGGCAGAACUAGGGUUCUUGCCUAAAUUCUUUGGUGUACGAUCGAAAUGGUUCAACACUCCUUGGCUCGGGAUUCUACUCUCAGCUCUCAUGUCUCUCGGGUUAUCGUACUUGGACUUCACCGAUAUCAUAUCCGCAGCAAAUUUCUUGUACACAUUAGGGAUGUUUCUAGAGUUUGCAUCUUUCAUUUGGUUAAGGAAAAAACUACCUGAGCUAAAGAGACCUUACCGAGUUCCGCUGAAAAUACCAGGGCUAGUGAUUAUGUGCUUGAUACCUUCAGGGUUUCUAGUACUGAUCAUAGUGUUUGCUACUAAGAUCGUCUACCUUAUUUGUGGUUUGAUGACCGUAGGAGCAAUAGGUUGGUACUUCUUGAUCAAUUACUUCAGGAAGAAGAAGAUCUUCGAGUUCAACGAAGUUAAUGAUGAUCUUGACUACAAUGUCAACGGAGAAGAACAUCCCAAAGUUGAUGAUCACGAAUCAUGAUAAGAGCUUAAACAGAGGAUCUUAUAUAUCAACUUUGAGAUAGGUUUUCCAAUUAAAUGUAAGUUCUUGCUUUUGUAACAUUUUUAGUUUGAUAAAGGAGAAAUUGUAUUUUGAUCA